CAAAAUAAAUAUUAGUUGAGAGAAAGCUCAAAUCAUAAAUGUGUUUCUUGUCUGCUGUGCACAUUGUAGAAUGUACAAUGGCUUGUUGUCACCUGUUGUGUACUUGCCAAAUGUCAAAUUAUGUGAGCAUGAUGUUUACCGGCGACGUAUUAAAAUAUCUCUUUGAGCAAUUAUAAUUAUUUAUUUACAAAUUAUUUUUAAAGUGUGUUAAAUUUAAGUAUAAUUAUGAACUUUCGCGCUUUAACAAUUAGACUUAGAAGAUACUUUUUCUACUUAAGUUUAUCAACGAUUGUGUUUUUGACAUAUAUUUUGAUUCAAAACUAUGACUAUCCUAAACAGAAAUUAUUAAAAAAGGGUACUACAACUACAGAGACUAUAAUAGAGUUUAAUAAAAAUUCUGCAACUGCAGAAAUAGAGGAAUACGACAGAUAUAAAUAUAGGAUUAGAGUUAUUAAAGAAAAGAUAAAAAGGCUUUCCUAUACUAGUGAUAAAUUGUCAAUACAACAUAAUGAUCAAUUAACUAAUGUUAGUUAUAAAAUUCACGCAUUUUAUUAUGCUUGGUAUAAAAGCAUAGAUUUUGAUGGUGCUUGGGCUCAUUGGAACCAUAAAUAUCUACCUAACUGGAAUAAAAAUGAUUUAAAAAAAUAUCCAGUUGGUGCUCAUAAUCCACCUGAAGAUAUAGGCUCUAAUUUUUAUCCGCAAUUGGGUUGUUAUAGUUCUAACGAUCCACAAAUUAUUAGAUCUCAUAUGAAAUACUUUAAAGUAGCAGGCAUAGGAGUUUUGGUUUUAUCAUGGGCUCCACCAAAUUUUGAAGACUCACCUGAUAACAAUUUGAAACAAAUUUUAGAUAUUGCUCUUGAAAAUGAUAUUAAGGUUUCUUUACAAAUAGAACCAUACAAAAAUCGAAAUCCUGAAAAUUUUGUUAAAUUUUGGAAAAAUUUCAUACUCAAAUUUGGAGAUCAUGAAGCCCUCUAUAAAAUUAAAAACAAGAGAUUUAAUAUACAUUUACCUUUAACUUACAUGUAUGAUUCAUAUCUCAUAGAAUCUAAUGACUGGAAAUCAAUUUUUUCAAAGAGUGGUUUAAAUACUAUUCGUGGAACAAAAUAUGAUGGCAUAUUUUUAGGAUUACUUGUUGAUGCCCAACAUAAGACCCAUAUAAAACGUUCUGCAUUUGAUGGUUUCUAUACUUAUUUUGCCUCCAAUGGAUUCUCUUAUGGUAGUUCUUGGAAGAACUGGAAUUCCUUGAACAGAUUUGCAAAACAAAAUAACUUGAUAUUCGUACCUUCAGUUGGUCCAGGAUAUAUUGAUGUCAGAGUUCGACCAUGGAAUAGUGCAAACACAAAGGAUCGUUCUCAUGGAAGAUACUAUGAAACAGCUUGGCGUUCUGCUGUUAAGAGUGGAGUGUCAUUUAUAUCUAUAACAAGUUUUAAUGAAUGGCAUGAAGGAACCCAGAUUGAACCGGCUGUUUUUACCUCAGGUUAUACCAGUUAUGAUCCAGAAGAAUCAAACUAUUACCUAAACUUAACACGACAGUUCAUAAAACAAAUGCCAUUCAUUGGUUAA